AUGGAGUGUUGUAUUAGUAGUGACGACAAAACUAAUCUCAAGAACUAUCCAAAUCUAUACGAAGCGUCGAAAAUGACUAAAACAGCGUCUAAUCAGUCGGACAUCACUAUACAGACAGUGAAGAAGUUGACGACUCGAGCGCAACAGGAUAUGGUCAACGCCGACCCCAACACUUCGCCGGGCGUUAUAGAGAUUCUGUCGCAUCCGUACAAUGCGGUCGAUAAGAUCACAGACAAUGUAUAUGUGACAGGCGUUGGAGGUAUGAUCCGCGAGAAUAUAGUGGGCCUCAAGAUCUCAUGCAUUAUUAACGCCACGUAUGAAGUGCCCAAUUAUGACGUUAAAGGGCUCGAAUGCAUUAGAGUUCCCAUCGACGAUACGGUCGAUGACGACAUUUCUCUCUAUUUGGAAGAAGUGGCGGACAAACUGAAUGAAGUGGUGUCUGAGAAUCGGGGAGUUAUAGUCCAUUGUGUGGCCGGAAUCAGUCGCUCCUCUUCUCUGGUUUUGGCUUAUUUAGUGAAAUAUCAGAAAAUGACGCUAAAGGAGGCGUUCAUUCAUUGUAAAACGUGUCGAGAGUUGUCUCAACCAAACAUCGGUUUCUUCAAAUCACUCAUAGAGUUUGAGAAACAAAUGUUCGGAAAAACUUCCGUUCAAAUUAUGAUUAAAGAAAUCAAUGGCCAAAACCAAGAGAUACCAGACAUCUAUGAGGAACUCUUCCCGGAAAUGAAAUGCCAAUUUGGACAACAAUUGCCGACAUAUGUCAUAAUUGAGGCCCGAUUUAAUGAUACUGUGCUGACCAGCGAUGCCAUACUCAUCACCACAUCUGAUCCCGAGCUCAAGACUGAGCUCUGUUUUCAAGUGGACAGAAGACAAUUGCAUUUGUUUCGCAUCCAAAGGAAACCAAUCAAAUUGCAAGCGUUUGUCGUUAAUUCAGAUUCAAUGGACAGACAAUUGAUUGGUUAUGCGGUGAUAGACCUGAGGAAUGCAAAGAACUACUCAUUUCAGCCCAAAUACGAGUGGAAGACAUUACUUAAUCCCAAAUAUAAGGGAUCCAGUAGUCGAAGACCUCAGAUCUCAAUCGCCCUUUUGAUCAAUAGAUUAGAUGACAAUCAACUCGAAGACAAUAUAAACCAAGAAAUUGACAGACAAUUGAUUGGUGACAAUGAAUCCAUUGAAAGCAUUUCGUCCAAAAAGAGUAGUUCUUCUGCAUCUGGUUUUGAACAUAAUUUGGGAUUUGAUUCCGAGUUUAACAAUGAAUCGGAUGUUGAAAAUGACAUUAAGAUUAGAUUCAAAGACGGCUUUCAUCACAUUUGGGAUGAAAAACACUUUUCCGAAAGCGAUUGUAAUUUGAAUUACAAUUUCUCGGUUACCAUCGCUUUCGGCGAGAAUUUGUCCAAAUUGUUGGUUAACUCACAGCAAACACAAACACUAAAACCAUUUCACUUUCGGUAUUCAUUUCUGGGAACAACUGUCAAAACGAAACCAUUUCAUGACAUCAACUCUUGUGACUCUGAGAUCGAAAGAAUGGCAUUCAAUAUAUUGACGACCGAUAGAAACACAUUAAGUGUUUAUUUCCAAUUACACCAAACCAUUGAAAUCCAGUUUUGCGAUCAUUUCGAUAUGUUGUUGGGUUUUGUGGCCAUUAGUUUAUCUCAGUUCACAAUUCAAACCAAAUCUUCGUUUAAACCAAUUGAAGGCUCUUUUAUGUUACUUCCCGAUAAUGAGACGAUAGACAUCUCGGAUCCGUUCCCUAUUGUCGGCGUUUCUAUUGAACUCAAAACCGAAGAGAAAUCAUCUGUUUUACCAAAACCUGUUGCCAUUGAAACGGAAACUAAACCAUUGAAGAGUGGUUUGACUAAACGAGAAAAGGAUGGAAACAACACUAAAAACAAAUCGGAAGAAAAAGAGCCCAAAGAAUUGGAUUUAAACCAUUACUGCUUUGCUAUUGAUCUCAGAAAUAUUCGAGUCAUUGAUUCAGAUAUCCCUCAAAUCGAUUCGUGUUAUCUUCAGUUUUUGUACGCAUUCUUUGGAUUCACUGAUAGUAUUAAGACAUUUCCGUCGAUUAAACUCUCCGCUGAGGAGGAAGUGGUUAUACCUCACGGCUUCUGUGCCUUCAAUUUUGCCACAACUCAACCAAAACUGGAUAAAACUUUUAAAGAAAUUCCUUUGAUUAUAGAAAUGAUUGAAGAGACGACUAUUCACACGAUUACAGGAGUGGCGAAAGUGGAUUUGUCCACUAUUUUAGGUGUUAAACCAAACAAAGCCGACGCUAAACAAGUGGUGAAUAUGACUGUUCCGGUGAUUACCGAACAGAACAAACCUUUGGCUCAAAUUCAGAUAAUUAUGUUUUUGCAAAAUUACGGGAAAACAAAAAUACCUCUUUUGCCGAAUUUACCAGAAGUUAGUCAUAUGAAAGGCGCCGACUCUCUCGACGCCGACUCGAGUCAAACUCUCCAUUAUUUAAACGAUUUAAUGACUGAAACAGCGCUUGAAAUUGAAUUAUGGAAAGAAAAACAAUUGAUUUUGUUUAGGGAACGACUCAAACAAAAUGAAACCGAAUUUCUUAAACAAUUGGAGCAAAAACAGAGUCUAAAGGAAGAAGAAGUUAAGAAGAAAUUACAAGAUUUAACACAACUCGAGACCAAACUAUUAAAUUCUUUGGAAGAGUUGACUACAAGAGAAAAUGAUAUCCUUAUGAAAGAAAAUGGAAUUGAAUUAAAACAGAAAGAAAUCAAUUUGAGAUAUGAGAGACUCAACGAAGAGAUUGCAGAAGUGAUGAGUGAUUUGAAAAACAAUUACGAACAGAGAAUCACUUCCGAGAAAAAUAAGUCCAAAGAAGUGGAAUCAGAAAAAUAUAAGAUUCAGGAAAAGGUUUAUUCUCUCGAAAGAAAAGUCAAAGAAAAAGAGAAUAUUAUUAAAGAAUUGGAGGAAAAGCUUAAACAAAGUAUUGCCAGAAUUGAUCCCAACAAACAAAAGACCACUUCUGUUAAGACAACACGUAAUAUAAAUACAACAACACCUAAGGCUGUGGUCGUCACUAGAGAACCAUCUUUUAGUUCUCGUCCCAUUAGCGCCAAAACUACGAAAAGCCCGAUAUUCUCGCGAACAUCGACUCCAUUGAAGCCUAACUUAAAGCCUGUAUUAAGCAAUGAGGCGAAGAAUAACACGAAUAAAGUU